CCGAGGCUCCGACGCCAGAUGAGGAGCGGAACCGGAAAGGAUCUCCAGUACGCACGCACGCAAAAAAGGCAACCCCGCCCGGCGUCUGGACGUGCGGGAGGCCGGAUCGCUUUCUGCCUUUUCUCUUCCAGCGCCGAACGGGGAAGAGGAUCGAAAACGACAUGGGAAAAAUAAGGAGGAUUCGAUUCAACUUUCAAUGCCCCGCGGCGUCUACCGCCCACUACGCUCGUCCAGUUGGGAGCAGAUAGCCGCGCCGCCUAUAAAUCCCUUCCACCGCCGGAUCCCGUCGGGCCGUCCCGUGCUGCGCUCGCCAAUCAGCGAUCACCGCUGCUCCCCUCUCCUCAGGAAUUGUAGCUGAAGGCAUUCAGAGGCCACGAAGGCUACCAGCCAGCACUCACCAUGGCCGAGGCGAAGGAUGAUGGGGUCAUGGCCGAGGCACAGGUUGCUCAGCCUCUCGGACGGUGGCCGAUACUGUCCUACGGCGUCGGGCACAUGCUCAACGACAUCACCUCGGCUUGCUGGUUCACGUACCUGCUGCUCUUCUUGCAGCAAAUCGGCCUUGCUCCAAGAGAUGCCGCAGUUGUGAUGCUCUCAGGCCAGGUUGCAGAUGGGCUGAUGACGAUCCUCGCAGGAGAGAUGAUCGACAGAUUUGGCCGCUUUAAGUUGUGGCACAUUGGAGGAUCAGUCCUAGUCGGAGUUUCCUUCUCCUCAGUAUUCGGUGGCUGCCUGCUCUGCACCAUUCUAGGGACAGAUUCAUAUCUCGUGAGGACAGUCGGUUAUAGUUUCUUCGCAGCGGUGUUCAACAUCGGUUGGGCAGCCACACAAGUUUCCCACAUGUCAAUGGUGAACUGCAUGACACUGAAUCCAACAAGCCGUGUAGCCUUAGCAAGUUGCAGAAAUGCAUUUACUAUGGUGGCGAAUCUUGGUUUGUAUGCGAUUGCACUAGGUGUCUUUGGUGUCAUAAAGGCGAAAGAAUGCUCAGACAUUGUUCUUCAGUACCGGUGGAUAGCAUAUCUGUCCAUUUUCUUAGGAUGCUGCUUCCUGGUGGUCUUUCACAUUGGAACCAAGGAACCGACCUUGAAGUCUGAAUCUAACUGCAAGAAGAAUGCUCGGAUUUCCUGGGGAUACUGGUUCAAGAAGACCUUGUACUACCAAGUUGCUCUCCUGUAUAUGCUUGCAAGACUGAUCACAAACGUCUCUCAGUCGCUCAUCGCUUUCUACGUCACCAGAGACUUGAGAAUGAAUGAAUACUCGAAAGCAACAAUACCAGCGAUCAUAUUCUGCUGCAGCUUCGUCGUGUCCAUCGUCCUUCAGGAGAUCAAGUGGAACAGCCGCCGCCUCAAGUCCCUCCUGACCGUCGGCGCGACGCUGUGGGUGAUCUCCGGCGUGGCGGUCUUCGUCCUCCCGAGCCAGAUGCACAACCUCAUGUACCCUCUCGCCAUGGUCAUCGGCGUUGCCAACGCGCUCCUCAUGGUCACGACGGUUGGGCUGGAGAGCGCGCUGGUAGGGGAGGACCUCAACGGCUGCGCGUUCGUCUACGGCUCGCUCAGCUUCCUGGACAAGAUCUCCUGCGGGAUCGCUCUGUUCGUCCUCGAAUCGUACGAAGACACGAUGAGCUGCGGCGAGACGCGGGGACUGAACACGGUGAGCAGGUACGGGACGGGCCUGAUCCCCUCCUGCUUCGCCCUCCUCUCCCUGGUGGUCACCUCCACGCUAAGGCUGCAGGACGCCGCCACUCCGACAGCCGCUGCGCUGGAAGCGCCGCUACUUGUCUGAAAAAAUGUGUUCAAGAACCGGUGGUGACCUCUGACACAUUCUGUAUGUACUUUGGACGGAAGAAAGAAGAAGUUUGCAUCCUCUUCGAUUAGGUUUGAAGAGGAACAUAGUCUGUCGUCGCUUUCUUUCAAUUAGAUUUGGAAUGAGGCCACUUUGUAAUAAUACGAGAAGGUUAUGUUGCCGUGUACCAAUACCAUCACAAUCCCAGUUUUGAAGUGAAA